AUGUACUCCCACCGGGAUCAGGUCCGUUCGGAUCAAGCCCGUGUAGAAGACCGUCCCUCUACUCGCUCCUCCAAUGGAGACCCCCCAGACCAUGCCGUCCAUCUCCGUUCCAGGUCCACGGCUCUCCCCCACAGUCCCAAACGUCUCUCCGUCUUUGGAGGUCGCUCUCGGAGUAACACGACGACGACUUCCUCCUCUUCUAUCACUACCACCACCACCUCAACCUCCAACUCCGGCUCUACCACCGGCUCUACCACCUCCUCCAUGACCUCCGUCGAUGCCGCCUCCGUCCACCCCCCAGACGACCGCGCCCCCUCCGCAGCCGGUCUGCGGAAUGACCGCCCCGGGAGCAUGACCAAAGCCCUCUUCACCCGCGGGAGUCGCAUCCUCCGCCGUCAGGGUAGCCGUUUCCACAUCGUCGCCACCCUCGAUGAGGUCGACGAGUCCGACCGUGACCGGAGGGCCAGCAGCGCCCGCUUCGAGGUCGGGGACCUCUUCCACCGUCACCAUCGCGCCCGCCAGAGUGACGCCCAGGGCCACCUCAAAUCCCUCAUCUCCGACCCCUUCGACUUUCACCACCUCACCCACACCAGCCAGUCGCACUUCCCCGCCCUCGAGGACACCCGCCAGAAUGACCUCGUCACCGAGUUCUCCGCCAUCCGCGCCUCCCAGCGACCCGUCACCGACCUCAAGGGCAUCCGCGCCGAGGACAUCCUCCCCCUCCGCGAAUUCGCCGACUCUGACUCCUCCCCCCUCCCCCCGACCACCCCGACCGCCCCGGUGGAGGACCCGCUCGCCUCCGUCAGCCCGUCCGUCUCCCCCGGCGGUUCCUCCUCCAUCAGCCCCAAGCAGCAGGUGUCUCACGCCCGUCGCCCGUCGCGCCCCAUCGAGAACUUCUCCCGCCCCGUCCCUCGUUCGCCCCGCGUGGACUCCCCUCCGCCCCGCGCGGCCUCGCCGCACCUCGCCGCCGCCCCCGACAUCCCCGAACCCACCGCGCGCGUCAUCGACGAGAUCCUCCACCGGCCGCCACCGGCCGCCCCGUCCGGCCCCGAACUCGCCGGCUCCUGGGACCACGUCCGGACCAUGUCGCUGUCCCCAACCACCCGCCCGUCGGACCUGACGGACGUGCCGGAGGAGAUCGCUGCCACCCACUGGCACGACAGCCCUGAACAGCCCGACCUCGCCGACGGUCCCCGCCCACCGUCCCGCGGGGGCAGCAGCCCCGUGCCGGCCUCCCGUCCCUCCAUCUACUCCUCCGCCGAAUUGUCCCGGCGAUUCUCCGAGGCGUUGGGCUCCCCGACCCUGCCGCCGCCGCCGCCGUCGUCGCACAUGCAGCGCGGGGCGUCGGAAGCAGACGAUCUCACCCCGCCUUCCGGCGCGCCCAUCCGCCGCGGGUCCUCCCGCCGCAAACCCGCCUACGAGACCAUCUACGAGACGUGGGAUGCCGACAUCGACUACUGCUACGAGCACGCCGCCGAAUCGUGCUCCGACUUUGACUGGGGCCGUCGGUCGCUCGAGGAGCGACCGCCGCUCCCGACCCCCGGGUCCGACAUCCCCAUCCUGGCCACCGACUGCGACGGUCCUGUCCCGUCGUCGGCACCCCGAGGGGUUCCGACGGUGCCCGCGAUGCACCUGAGCCCCUCCACGCUGCCGACUCCGGGGUCGCAGCGGGCGCUCACCCCGGCCAGUGCCGCCGGCGAUUACUUCCCUCCGGUCGGUCCAUCUCUGUUCCCGUCGGCCCUGGGGAAGCCCGACGGGCCGGAUGCCCUGUACGAGGAGUACCUGGCCACGGACGCCGAGUCGGACCGGCCCUUUUCCUUCUACUCUUCGGGCGUCAGCCCCCAGAUGGAGCACCCGGUCUCUCCCCGCAGCAGCUUCUCCCCCAUCAGCAAGUACAACUCCGAGGAGAGCCUGAUCCUGUCGCGCGCCGCCUCCAUCGUCCGCAAACACCGGUCCUCCGUCUCCACCGUCAGCGUCCCCGACCUGAUCCACAGCCUAGCCAAUAGCCGGGACCUCGCCGACGGGCCCCCGUCCGCCGGGGGGGAUUCCUCCUCCCGAUGCCCCUCGGCCGCCAGUGCGGCCCGCCCCGAGGCGUCCACCCACCACCGCCCGACGAAGAGUCUCGCCGGGGAGCUGGAUUCCUGGUGCCGGGACCCAUCCUCAGGGGACGCUCCUCGGGAUGCGUCCGGGGCCUCCGCCCUGCACGACCGGGCCCAGUCGACCUCCCACCUGGAGACGGCCCCGUGGGUGGCCCGCGCCAAGCCCGACCUGCCGCCUAAGAGCGCGCACCGACGGCGAGGCCGACCAUCCUACUCUCUCUUUCCCACUGCGCCUCCCAAUUAA